AUGGGUUCUUCCGUCCCAGCUUUGUCGGCCUUGAACGGCCCGACUUAUGUCACUGCUCAGACAUUGAUCCAGCAAGUCACAUACUUGCUCAGUGACAAGAUCUUCUCUUACUCACCCGAGACUUUCGAUCUUGACGCCGCACUUAAGGAAUGGACUUCCAAGAGCGAGACUAACGCCAAUGGCGAGUCUCCCGUGGUCAAGGCUCUCGAGACCCGCCAGGGUGCCGGUAACCUGGCUCUGGGAUACCUCUUCUCCCAGGACUUUGAUCUGAAGAAGCGCCACAUCCCUCAGGGUAUCGUUGCUUCAUCAGCAACCCUCCCUUACAUGCGUGCUGCGUUGGAGCAGCUCUCUCUGCUGUACUCCGUUGCCAGCCCUGUGGCCGCCCACGUUGCCGCUGUUGACUACGCCGGCGAGGAUGGCCUGGUGUCCGACUAUGCCUCCGCUUUGUCUCUGGCCGAGGACCUCGGUCUGGGUCUCGUCUCCAGUGGAUCCGUCCACGAGUCUCAGCACAUGGCCCUCUUCACCACUUUGCUGUCUUCCGUCCUUCCUUCUCUUCACAUCUACGACGGUGUUCGUGUUGGCCGCGACACCACUCGUGUCAUUGAUGUGCUCGACAAGGAGGGCCUCACCCGCACCUACGAGACCGUCCGCAAGACUCUUGAUGAGUCUCGCAACCGUCACCUCGAUGCUCAAGGCAAGGUUCUUGACAUUCUGAAGUCUCUGAACGGUGAGCUCGGCACUGAGUACGCUCCCUUCGAGUACCACGGUCACUCGGAGCCUACCUCCGUGUUGGUUGCCUUCGGUACCGUUGAGGCUGCCCUCACUGCUCAGAUCGCCCGCUCCCUCGCCAAGGACGGUGUCCGUGUUGGUGUUGUGAAUGUCCGCGUGUACCGUCCUUUCAUUGAGGAGGAGUUCCUGCGUGUUCUUCCCAAGUCUACACAGACUGUUGGUAUCCUCGGACAGGUUGCCACCCAGCAGGCCGUCCAGGAAGAGGGUGUCCACUCCGCUCUUUACGAGGAUGUCCUCGCCGCUUUGACCUUCGCCACAGACCGUGAGCAGACCCCCACUGCUGUCGAGAUCAAGUACCCCCGCGCCCAACGCUGGGAUCUGAUCUCGACCGCUGCUGCCUUCCAGCGUGUCUACGACCAGCCCAUCCUCACCGUUGACGGCGAGACUAACGCUUCCCUGCAACUGCUUGACCCUGCUUCUGUCCAGGAGUACACCUUCUGGGAUGUCGAUAGCUCUGUCACCGUCGAGGCUGCUCAGACCCUCGGUCAGGCCCUCGGUGCCGACUCCGCCAGCAACGUUACCGUCAGCAAGGCCCACGACAACCUUGUGCAGGGCGGCGCUGUUCGCAUUGAUAUUCGCAAGAGCUCCAAGAUUGUUGACGCUCCCUACGCCGUCACUGCCGCUGACGUCGCUUACGUUGGUGACAUUGCUCUCCUGAAGGACGUCGAUGUUCUGGCCUCUGUCAAGGACACCGGAAAAAUCAUCGUCAGCGCCCCUGGUGUCAAGGAUGAGGACUUGGAGAAGAAGCUCCCCGCCAACUUCAAGCAGGCUGUUGCCCAGCGUAACAUUCCUGUGUUCAUCGUCGACUCCUUGGCUAUCGAGAACUCUGCUGAUGACCUCGUCCUCCAAGCUGCCUUUGUGCGUGUCGCACUCCCCGCACAGGAGGGCGUUGCCACCAAGAAGCUGUCUGCCAUCACUGGCAACGGCGAUGCUCUUGAAGCCGUGACCAAGGAUCUUGAGAAGGCUCUCCGCCAGAUCGAGGUUCCUGAGUCUUGGAAGGAGCCCGAGGGAGUCACUGAGAUCGAGCAGCUCCCCAAGGACAUCACCACCAACAGCUUCGUUCCCUUCGACAAGAACGAGUCUGAGCCCCCCACCCUCCUCCGUGACUGGGAGACUGCUGCCCGUGGUCUGGCUUUCAAGGAGGCCUACGGAACCCAGGAUGCCCUCCGUCCUGACCUUGCCCACAAGACCUUCACCGUCCACGUCAAGGAGAACCGUCGUCUCACCCCCACCACUUACGACCGUAACAUCUUCCACAUCGAGUUUGACCUCGGCAACACCGGUCUCAAGUACGAUAUCGGUGAAGCCCUUGGUAUCCACGCUGAGAAUGACCCUGAGGAUAUCAACAACUUCAUCGCAUUCUACGGCCUGGACCCCGAUGCCAUUGUCGAGGUGCCUAGCCGCGAGGACCCCGCCGUUCUGGAGAACCGCACUGUGUACCAGGCGCUGAUCCAGAACGUCGACAUCUACGGUCGUCCCCCCAAGCGGUUCUACGAGGCCCUUGCCGAGUUCGCCACCGACGAGAAGGAGAAGAAGGACCUCCAGACCCUGGGUGGUCCCGACGGUGCCACCGAAUUCAAGCGCCGCGCCGAGGUCGACACCGUCACCUUCGCCGAUAUCCUCCUGGAAUACCCCUCCGCCCACCCCGAGUUCCACGAGAUCGUCCGCAUCGUCGGCCCCCUCAAGCGUCGCGAGUACUCCAUCGCCUCCUGCCAGAAGGUCACCCCCACCACAGUCGCUCUCAUGAUCGUCGCCGUCAACUGGACCGCCCCCAACGGCAGCGACCGCUUCGGUCUGGCCACCCGCUACCUGAGCAGACUGCGCGUCGGCUCCCCCAUCACCGUCAGCGUCAAGUCCAGCGUGAUGAGGCUGCCCCCCAAGUCCACCCAGCCCCUCAUCAUGGCCGGUCUGGGUACAGGUCUUGCGCCCUUCCGCGCCUUCGUCCAGCACCGCGCUCUCGAAAAGGCCCAGGGCAAGGAAAUCGGUGCCGUCCUGCUGUACAUGGGCUCCCGCCACCAGCGCGAGGAGUACUGCUACGGUGAGGAAUGGGAAGCAUACCAGGAAGCUGGUGUCAUCACACUUCUUGGCGCUGCCUUCUCCCGUGAUCAGCCUGAGAAGAUCUACAUCCAGGACCGUAUGCGUCAAACUCUCCCUGAGAUCAUCCAGGCUUACAUCCGUGAAGAGGGUGCCUUCUACCUGUGUGGUCCUACCUGGCCUGUGCCUGAUGUCACUGCCGUCCUUGAAGAGGCUAUUGCCACUGAGGCUCGCAACACUGGCAAAAAGGUGGAGACUCGUAAGGAGAUUGAGAAGCUGAAGGAUGAGGAGCGUUACGUUCUCGAGGUUUACUAG